AUGGCUCCUUUAAAUAUAGCACGUUUAGCGUCAAUCACAGCCGCCACUGCUGUUGCAGCUUUAGCUGGUUAUGCUGUAUAUUUCGACUACCAAAGAAGACAUAGUGCAGACUUCAGAAAAAACUUGAGACGCAAAAUAAAGAAGCAAAAAGCUUUGGAACAAGCAGCUCAGGAGCAGGAAAAGCAAGCUAAGUUAUCUCAUGUUGGUGAUUUUUUAACUAUGGAAUUAGCCAAGGAACCAAUUCCUCAAGAUUCGUCAGAAAAGCAAGACUUUUUUAAAAGUAAUAUAGAAGAGGCUGAAUUACUAUCCAAGUUACCAGGAAAGGAGCUUGAUUCUGCUUUGAAGUUUUACAAGGCGCUAGCUGUGUACCCAAGUCCCGCUGAAUUGUUAGGAAUUUACCAAAGAUCUAUUCCCGAGUCAGUGUACGAAUACAUUGUUUUGAUGAUAGCGCUGCUUCCACCAGCUAAUGUUUCAUCAUUUUUGAGUGGUAGUGGUAGUGGAUCUGGUACAGCAACUGCUAUGUCUGGCUCCAUUCCGCUCAGUAAGGGCCAACCUCAAGUCGAAGCUAUUGGAAUUGACGAAUGA